CGCGCCGCGUCGGUUGAGCGCGAGAUUCGAAGUGCGGCGGUUGGUGGUGGUGAGGCGGCGCCGCCAUGGCGUGCUCUUCGCUCCAGCAGCUGGAAUCGCUGAAAUACGUCGAGCUCCAGCGGAUCGCAAAGGCCGCCGGCCUGAAGGCCAACCUCCGGGCAGACAAAUUGUUGAAAGCACUGAAGCAACACUUUCAUGGAACAAAACAAGAAAAUGAAAAUAUGGACUCUGAAAAAAGUGCAUCUGCUUCCAUCGAAUCGGAUGAACUGAGCAAUCAGGAGAAAAUAAUGCCUGAUUCAGUGUGUUUUAUUACAAAAAGACGUGGUAAAAAGAAAAUAACAAGAAAAAAGAGGAACUCCAAUGAUGAAAUUAAUACCAGCAGAGAAAAUACAGGGCUUUCUGAUGAGAAAGAGGAGCAUUCUGACAUGAAAGAAAACGAAGUGCCUCGGGGUGAGCAUGAAAAGGGACAGAAGGUAUUCCAAAAUAAGGAAAAAGUAACUAAAAAGACAGCUAUUGAGAAUCCGGGGACGGGUACUGGUCAGAAAGAACAACUAGAGAAGACUUCUACUAAAAGUAGUGGAGGUGAAUGUGGUGCUCAUCAUGCAGAAGGGAAGAUCCCUUUAUAUGUAGGCUGUGCAUCUAGGUCUGGGAAAACAGGAAUGAAGGCUACUACACCAAACUUUAAAAAGUUGCACGAGGCUCACUUCAAGAAAAUGGAAUCUAUUGCUGACUACCUUGAGAGGAAAAAAAAAAUUAUUGAAAACUGCAGCAGUUCUCUCAACGAAGUCAAGGUGCUAGCCAAAAAAUCGAAUCCUUUAAGAGCACCGGAAAAAGGCACUCCACAUAACAAUUCUAAGAAACAAACCAGUGGCAAAACAUUUUUAUUCAGCCCAAAUUCAGAAAGAGGCAGAUUCUCCGCCACCUGCACUCCUAAUAACCUCCGGCGCUCACCACGCAGUUGUCUGAACGCUGCCAAUCGGAGUAUUUUAUCUAAGAAAUCUUCAUUUAAUCCUGUCCUUUCAACAACCAAAAUGAAUGUCAGGUUCUCGGAAGCCACAAAAGAUAAUGAGCAUAAACGCUCUCUUACCAAGACUCCAUCUAGAAUGUCUCCAUACUUGGAGAUCUGCACACCUGAGAACCAAAAGAGCUGCAACCUAAUGAGUCAUAAUAACAGCAAGGGAAAUGCAAGAAAUAAUGAUCUGACUGCAUCAAAGGGUAAAGUGGAUGUUAUCACCCCCUUCAAGUUUGCAGCUCACACUGCAGAACCCACAAGCACAAAGAAGACGUUUGACCUCAAAGCAAGUCUCUCAAGGCCCCUUCGGUAUCAGCCACACAAAGGACGACUAAAGCCUUGGGGAGAAUUUAAAGAAAAUACUGUCCUAAAUAAGUCUGCUGGUAGCAACAUCUCUUCAUGUAAGAAAGGUUACAAACAGCCGCAUCUCCAGACAAGGGAAGAAAGGCGUGAGAAACAUGAGCAAGAGAGAAAAAAGAAAAAGGCUCAGGCUCUCGGAAACCGUAGAGGACUAUCUGUGGAUUAGGAGGAAUAAGAAAUAUCUAAGAAAUCACUGUAAAUAUUGUUCCUGUCUUGUAAAUAUUUGUGCUGUCUGUGUAUGGUUCAGUUGCUAUUAGCUAGUGGAAUCCAGAGAGCAUUGAAUGAGACCUUACAAUGCAUCUGAGCGAAUUGUUUUAGUGAUCAACUUCCCUGACAAGAUGAGUUCUGAACUUCUAGGAGCUUAGAACUAUCUCUAAUUGCUUAUUAGUGUUUUCAUUUAACUAACUCAUUUAACUAAACGAUGUUAAAGGAGAAAAUGUAAGUGGAAAAACGAUGGUCAAGAAGCCUCCUUGCAACUUAGGACAGACUUCUCCACCAGAAUGCAUUUGUGACCCACUAGGACGGACACUCCAGAUAGUAAGCUUCAAAAUGUUCCACUGGUAAAUUACAGGAGUUGGAGAUGUCUGCUUGCCCUGUUCUCCAGAUCAGUCCUUAAAUUCUGUAACAACAGUUGCAGCACUUAUUCAGCAUUUCUAAUUGCAUGCCUAUGAAGUAGCAGGGAAGUUCCAAGAGAAGAAAAAAUACCGAGCUUUCUGGAAAACUAAAAGCGUACAGCAAAAUAUAAUUGUAAAAUACUGUAUUUUUAAAAAGUCACAACUGAAAAGUGGCUUUACAAAUUGCCAGCUGGAUGCUUUGAACAGUUAGGGUUGUUUUGUUCCUUUCUAUGGUAAAUAGCAGAUGUUAACAAAAUUCUUAUGCUUUUCAUCUCUAUGAUGCUUAAAAGAGGUUACAGUAGUGUUGAGGCACAUUCAAUACCUUAGAUUUAAAAGCUGUUGUUAUUGUUACUUUUAAAAAAUACGCAGAAAAUCUUUCUGGAUUUAUUAUGGAUGGAGCUGGAAAGGUAAUUCAGCAGUUGUAAUCUCAGCUAGAAUUUUGAGCAGAUAAUUGUUUCAGUGAAUUUAGUGUCCUAUCAAAUAUAUGCACUUAUAUCAAGUGUCAAGAACAAGCAAUUCUUUUUUAUAAACUUAAUGGGGGAAAUAAAUAUUUUGUAUAUACCCUGUUUCUCACUGGUUAUCUCAUCUAGUGUACUAUGUAUAACUACAUCCUUAGUGUAGCACUAGUUUUGCUCACACUUGUAUUUAUUUACUACUCUGUGUCUUUUUUUUGUGACUAGUUUUCCCUGCUGAUUAGCCUGCCUACCACUUUAUGAAAGCACGUUUGUUCUGGUAUCUUUAGAAACGAUAACCAUCACCCCUCUUCUCUCUUAAGCUAUUUAAUUCUGUGCAAGAGGAAAAUGAUAGUACAAGGCACUGCUUCAGCUUGCUUUAUUGUGGCCUCUUCCAUAUAAAAUACAGGAACAUUUAUUAUUUGUAAAGCACACUUAAACAAAAAGUCACUGCAGUGGAGGUCAGUGCUUUGAUUAGACUAAGUUUGUGACAGCUGAAAUGAAACCAUUCAGCACUUGUUCUUUAAAGUGUUUCUUAAAUUACCAAAAACCAGACUUCUGGGAAAAAGGGAGGUAUUGAGCUUCUGUGCCACCAGCUGAGGCUGUGAAUUCUUCCAGUACAGCUGAGUUAAGCUAAUUGCAUGCAGCAGAAGCGUGAUCUGAUCUGCCCUGCAAUGGUGCUGAUUAAGCUGAGCUGUGCCUUCUCAGGGAGCAGACAGCAAUGGGGGUUCCCCCCCAACCCACCCUUGGAGCAUUACUACUUCUGUUCAACACCCUUCGCUCUAUAAAGCUGUAGGACUAUCAUCAACAGCUCUAAACUAAAAGCCAAGCCCACUGCAUAGCUACUGUUUCAAUCUUGGCAGUGGCAGCUUUUUCUUUUUUUAGUUAUUCAGAGAAGCCAAAGCUAAAGGUUGAAAUACUUCUGCCUUUUCCACUUCUGGUGCUGCUCUGUGUAAAUUUCAGCAGCUGAGUCACACUUAAGCACCAUUCCUCAGGGUAUUAAUUCUCAUCAUGCUUUUUCCAGUUUAAAACUAGCAUAUGUGAAUGUUUUACAACUGCCUACAAAUCAUAUAAUGUAGAAAAUGAAAUUGUUGUACAAAAAAGAACUACAACAAGCUCAUGAAAUACUUUUAUUUCUGUAAAGGUCAGGACAGAAGCCAAAACUAAGCCAGUCACCAGUUACUACUUUGUAAGAGCGCAUCCCAACACUCCUCAGGCUGUGUUCCAGUCCAUGUAUGUACAGUCUCUCCAGGAUUCUGUAUUUGGCAGCUCGAAGAUGCCAGAGGUGUCACUCUAGUCAGAUUACUACAGCCAACGCUUCAUGCACUUAUCUCUUUAAUGUUUACGUGGAAUCUUCAAGUUGCUUUAAGCUACACAUUAAGAAGUGUUGUAAAAGUGAACCAAGCAUCUGAAGACUGUCCCAAAAGACACCACCCCAACUUAGACUUUUUCAUAUGUUUCAUAGGCAAAUUCUUCUGUAUGAGCUCUAUCGUUCAGCAGGCCAAUAAAAUCAAUCUCCAGCUGGAAUGGACCAUCUACUUUAUCUCCAAUUGUGAAUCCAAGGGUACUAAUCUAAUUAAAAGAUACAUACAUUAGAACAGUAUUUAUAUAAAGUUAUAAUCAACCACAAUUGUAUCUACUGGUUCCAUAUUUUACAAACAAUUCAUGGCUAUCUACUUUAAACUGGUAUUUGUUUAAAAUACAGCAGCAUUUCUUAAGGCUCAAACAUUUCAAUACCACAUUUUCAAUACAGAGUGAGUCCGGUGGGAAACUCCUUCACAUUUGCCUUUCUACCACUGUGUUGAACCCCUUAUUAAAAAUGCCCUGAGCCUAAAGCAACACUGCAAUUUGUAUCCUUCGAGGUUUGUGUAUGGCCAGUUUCAUCACGACUGAGUGUACAAACACGUUUUCAUAGUCUCUUAUGAUUCUUUUGUGAGCAGGAAACACAAACAGAAUGUAAUUAAGGACGGAGGAGAACUUUCAUUCUAGAUCAAGUCAUAUACCUGGUAUAGCGUGGAAGUGCACCAAACCAGACAUUUUAAAAUGCAUGAAACUUUGUUACUGAGUUUUACAUUAAGGCAAGGGUCCUAGCCACUGUUUCCCAAUUAGAAUAGUGUUCUUAAAUACAAGAACAUUCCUUAUUCCUUUCCCCUAAUGUUCACCCCACCACUAUUCCAAUUUAAAAAUAAAUAAAUUUAUUCUAACU